CCUCUCACUAUAUAUUGCACCUUUAUCUUCGAUUCUUCUCGCAUAGAAUCCAAAGCUAAAUUCACAAAUCAAGGACAUUGCUCAUUGUUCUACAUUGUGAUCGCUGCCGCAUCUUCAAGCGUGCACUCGUUGUCUUCCUUAUUUCCUUGUCCUGAUGGUUUGAUCUGAAAGUGAUGGUGGACGUGCAUAUGGGAUCAGAGUUAGAGACCUUCGCUUUCCAAGCAGAGAUCAACCAGCUGUUGAGCUUGAUCAUCAACACUUUCUACAGUAACAAAGAGAUCUUCCUUCGUGAACUCAUCAGCAACGCUUCUGAUGCAUUGGAUAAGAUCCGAUUCAAGAGCUUAACAGACAAAAGCAAGCUUGAUGCUCAACCGGCGCUCUUUAUACGAAUCAUCCCUGAUAAAAUUAACAAAACUCUAUCGAUUGUCGACAGUGGAAUAGGCAUGACCAAAGCAGAUUUGGUGAAUAAUUUGGGAACAAUUGCGAGGUCUGGGACAAAGGAGUUCAUGGAGGCAUUGCAAGCUGGAGCUGAUGUCAGCAUGAUUGGUCAGUUUGGAGUAGGGUUUUACUCGGCUUACCUGGUGGCAGAGAAGGUAAUUGUCACCACAAAGCACAAUGAUGAUGAACAAUAUGUGUGGGAGUCUCAGGCUGGUGGGUCUUUCACUGUCACCCGGGAUGUGAGUGGUGAACCUCUUGGCAGAGGUACCAAGAUCACCCUAUUCCUCAAAGAAGAUCAGUUGGAGUACUUGGAGGAGAGGAGGAUAAAGGACCUCGUGAAGAAGCACUCUGAGUUUAUCAGCUAUCCAAUUUACCUAUGGACUGAGAAGACUAUUGACAAGGAGGUCAGUGAUGAUGAAGAUGAGGAUGCAAAGAAGGAAGAGGAAGGUGAUGUGGAGGAUGUUGAUGAGGAAAAGGAAAAGGAGGCAGAUGCUCAUGACACCAGAAAAAAUAUUGCACUGAUCUUGACUGCUCGCGUAUUCUAUGACGAUAGCGAUCCUUACAUGCAUAGAAUAUGGAAGUUCCUGGAUUUUACAGUUUGA